AACGGCGUCGGCAUGUGUCCGCCGCCUGCAAUUUAACGUUACACAAAACUGCUUCGCUACCCGCAGUCUCUUCCGGACCAACGCGCAUUCUGCACAAUCUGCUCCUCCCCUUGCCGUGAUAGAUCUGUGGUGAUGGGCAACGGAGGGCUGAACAACGUGCCUGCCGCCGGCGAGCAGGGAGCCGACGCUGCCGUGGCCUCCGAGGGAGGCGAGCUGCAGUCCCCACCGCCAUCGUCAGGGUACUACGCGUCCUCGGAGGGUUCAGACGGGUACCUGACGGGUGCCGAGGAAGGGGAGAGCUCCCGCGCGGUGCCGGCGCUCCCACAGCCACCUGCACCUGCAGCGGCGGCGGUGUGGCCGCUGGCGUUCGGGUCGGCAUCGCAGAAGGGGCAGGACGAUGACGGGAAGAUGAUGGAGGACACCGUGUCGCUGCGCCCCUUCUUCUGCGCCUGGGUCGACGGCUCUCCCAUGCACUUCUUCGCCGUCUUCGAUGGCCACGGCGGACCCAGGGUGUCGGCCCUGUGCAGGGACCAGAUGCACGCCAUCCUGGCGGAGGAGCUGGCGGUGGCGGCGACGGCAUACCGGAAGGAGCACCCGGAGAAGGACGAAGAGGCGGAGCGUCGCGCGUGGGAGGCGGCGCUGAAGCGGAGCUUCGAGCGGGCGGACGCACUGGGGAUGGGGCUGUCGGAAUCGGGAUGGCCCGUCGUGGGGUCGACUGCCGUGGUGGCGCUGGUGGUCGGCGGCAGCAUCCUCGUGGCCAACUGCGGCGACUCCCGCGCCGUGCUCUGCCGCGCCGGUCAUGCAAUCCCGCUGUCCGAGGACCACAAGCUGGAGCGGGCGGACGAGAGGGCGCGCGUCAAGGCGGCCGGAGGCAAAGUGUGGCGCUCCAGCGACGAGCAGCUGCGCGUUGGGGGGCUUGCCAUGUCGCGCGCUUUAGGGCAUAGGCUCCUUAAGCCUGCAGUGAUAUGUGAGCCAGAUAUAACCAUGACCACUAGAUCAGAGGAUGACGACUGCAUGAUCCUCGCGAGCGACGGCUUGUGGGAUGUCAUCGAGAAUCAGAAGGCCUGCAAUGUCGUCAGCAACUGCCUAGCAAUAGAACACCAAGGCGCUCCUGGAGGCGGUGCACCAAUAGGCCAAGAGGAAGAGGUUGGCUGCGUCCAUGCCGCAAGCCUCCUGAUGAACAUGGCGAUCCAUGGUAAAAGCCCAGAUGACAUCAGUGUGGUCGUACUUGAUCUGAAGGCGAGAGGGUAGAUAGGCAGAUCAUAUCAGAUCAUCAUCUCCUUUGCAGCUUAGACCUUAUAUGGAUGAAACAUUGCCAUGGAUAGAGAUUUAUAAGUGAUGCAUAUGGAUGAUUGGAAUGUACAAUAUAUGUUGCUGACAUUUAUUGUCGUUGCAUUGUCUUCAAAA